UAAUAAUCUCGGCUUUUAUCCAAACAUUCAAAAUAAUAUUACUAGUGAUUGUUGGAGUUUCGAAUUUCGAGAUUUUUGAGGGAAUUUAUAUCGAUGCUCAUAUGCUGCAGUGUUGUAAGGAUUGUACGCAUCAAUGAUCACGCAGAAAGAGUAAUUUCAUCACUCUGCUUGAAUGUGACGUUCACAUAUCGUUUCGAUUCAGUUAUAUUAAUAUUAUUGAAAUGAGUUUAGAUUGGACAGAGAUUGGCCAAAAAGUUGCUUUGCUCUAUGAAGAAAUGGAGUAUCACUGCGAGUACAGCAUUGAACAUUUUAUGGAUGAUCUUAAGAUUGCAAAGAACAAAAAAGUUUUUGUUCCUAAAUGCAGGCCUGAGGAUGAAUCUACUGGCUAUUUGCGUUAUUCUAAAUGGUUGUUAUCAUUUAGGUAUGUAAUAGAGUGUCAUCGAUCAAUCUUGACAAAGCUAUUCAGCUUCACAGAUUAUCUGUCCGGCGUCGAUAUGCUGGUGGAAUAUUGUGAUUAUUAUAGAUCUUAUUAUGAGCAUAAAUCAAAUCACAUUCCUGUGGUUUUGCCAGUAAAUCCAGGACAAAUGCUUUAUGAAAUAUUCAAACUAAUCGCCCGAACUGAGACAACUAUUAGGCAUGAUGCCUGGCAACAUGUUUGGCUUAUGCUACUGGACCUAAUGGGGUUGUCAGAAGACAAUGUGAUAUCUUCUGUGGAAACGUAUGGUAAUAACAUCUUUACUAUCGGCUCCGAGUCUGCAAUAGUUAUCAUGGCAGAUUCCGACUUGUACGCAGUAGUUGAAGCAAUUAUGAGAUUCUCCAGCAACCUUAACUUCAAAUUGACCAAGUUUUUCAUCCAGGAACCAGUUGAGAAACAGUUUUUUUCUACGUUGCAAAAGAAUGAAUUCCGAAAUCAUACUCCACCUCUAGAUACUGCAGUACUAUCCAGCCUGUACUUGUUUCGUAACAUCGCAGAAGUAAUAGGAUCUUUAAAUGGUCAAAAAAAUAAACUGAGCACUGUUUCGGUGUGGUCUGAGAAUCUUAUUGCUGCAAAAAAAUUAGCUGCAAAUAUAGAGAUAGGGACGGUUUGGAUUAAUACUCAUGGACAACUUAGUGCUGGAUUACAUUCGAUAAUUUAUUCUCUACCUCCGUGUGAUGCUGGAGAUCUGUGGACGUGGAAUCCGGAAAAUGAUAUUGAUGACAAAUGUCCAAUCGCAACUAGAACGAUCGAUCUCUUUUAUGGAGGAAAAUGGCAUACUCCGGAUGAAGGAACAUAUUGGACCAAUAAAAGUGGAGUUGCAUAUGCUGAAGCUACUAGAAAAGAUUUUAUCAGCUGUGUUAAUGCAGCCCGUAAAGGAUUCAAAUCUUGGCAUUCCAUGAAAUUGAGCGAAAGAGUGAAGGUCAUCAGAUGUUUUGCGGAAAGACUUUUUGCCAAUGGGGAAUUAGAACUUGGAGAUCUGGUGAUGGAAUUAGUUAAUCUGCCCCACGAAUUUGGACACUCGAUAUCAAUUGUUCGAGAUGGAGAGGUCGAGAUUUUGACCACACAAGAGCCUUCGGGUGUUGUUCUUAUUUUUUCAGCCAUUAAAUCUAUGUUAUUCACAAAAUUAAUCAUCGCAGCUGUAACAGGCAACACUGUUAUUGUUGCAUCGGACACUGGUUGUGACUCUAUAUUUGCAGGAUAUUGUGACAUGUUAACAUCGUCUGGGUUUCCUCCUGGCGUUGUAAAUUAUUUAUUUGCUAGAAAUUCUGCAAGCUUAAGAGAUUCAAGAAAAUUGGUCGAUAGAGUGCUUACAAAUUCUUGCGAGUUCUUGGAUUUCAAAUUUUCAAAGCCGCAAGAAGAAUAUUUUACUCGUAAAAUAAUAUUCGCUCAGGUAACUAAGCCUAAGUCCAUUUGGGUGCAAUGUGGGUGAAGUGCUUUUGGGAUUGAUUAAAUUGAAAGAUUUACAAGUCCAUAUUUUCUUGUGAAAUGAGAAGGGUCUCUCAAAUCGUUAUUCGAAACUUUGAAGAAAUCUAUCUCUACAAGAAUUUGCAUUAUGGGAUCGAACAUUUCAUACAAUAUAUUUUCUGUUCAAUCUAGUAAAUAAAAAUGAUUCAUUCUAUU